GCAGAGCGAGAGGAGCUCUGCAAAGACUUGCAAAACGAGAUCGUCUCGCGGGCUAACCCUCCGCCGCCCACAACACCUGCCUAUCACACCGACGAACAACAAAGGCCUCCGAGACCGCCGCCGCCCUCCGCUGCGCCCACCGCUCCGCAGCCCGUCUCCAGUGCACCCAAUCCGCCACAAGUAUUCCCAUUCAGUCAACCACAGCCACAACCUUAUGCCGCAAACCCAUACCAACCCCAGCAAUACUAUUACCCCCCGCCUCCACUUCCGUCGGGAUUUAAUCCAUACGCAAUGCCAACACAACAACCGCAGGCGCCUUAUCCACAAAUGAACACUCAAUAUCCGAUACAACAGACCGGUUAUGGUUAUCAAAACCCACCGCAAAACACAGGCUAUGGUCACUACACAUACCCGCCUCCCAAUCAGUGAAUUGAACGCACGGU